ACUCCCAAACUCUAAAACACACACUGAUACACAAUCUUAUAUACAAACACAAUCUUUUAUACAAACACCACACAUAUCGAUCACAAGUAAAUCUGUAUUUUGCCAUCAUCUUCUGCUCAAUCUUUUACAGGCUUAACUAUUAAAGAUGAAAGGUGGUGAACUAGAGGUGUGUUUUGAGAGGUUGAUGAUGGUGGGAGGUGGUAGGGUUAAUAUUAUUAGUGAUUGGAAUGAGAUUCCAAUGGAGCUUUUGUUGAGGAUUGUGUCUUUGUUGGAUGAUCGGACGGUCAUAGUUGCUUCUGCUGUUUGUUGUGGAUGGAGAGAUGCUAUUUGUUUGGGAGUUACUCAUCUUUCAUUGUCUUGGUGCAAAAACAACAUGAACAAUAUGGUCCUUUCUCUUGCUCCCAAGUUCAAAAACUUAAGGGGUUUGAUCCUUCGGCAAGAUAAACCACAAUUACUUGAUAAUGCAGUUGAAGUGAUUGCAAAUAAUUGCCAUGAUUUAGAGGACCUUGACCUCAGCAAGAGCUUCAAACUUAGUGAUCGAUCUUUAUAUGCUUUGGCACAUGGUUGUCAAAAUCUUAUUAAGCUCAACAUUAGCGGUUGUUCUUCGUUUAGCGACAACGCACUUGCAUAUUUGACUAGUUAUUGCAAAAAGUUGAAAAUCUUGAAUCUUUGUGGAUGUGUUAAAGCUGCAUCCGACAAGGCCUUGAAGGCGAUCGGAUACAACUGCAGUCAACUUCAAUCACUGGUCCUAGGAUGGUGCGAGGAAGUUGGUGAUGACGGAGUAACAAGCUUAGCACAUGGCUGUCAUGAUCUUCGUGCACUCGACUUGUGUGGAUGUGUUCUUAUAACAGAUGAAAGUGUGAUAGCCUUAGCAAACAACUGCCCACACCUGAGAUCUCUGGGUCUCUAUUACUGUCAAAACAUCACGGACCAAGCCAUAUACGCAUUGGCUCACAGUCGAGCAACAAACAAGCACCAAGCCUGGGGUUCAGUGAGAACCAGGGAUGAAGAAGGGUCUGGGCUCAUGAACCUUAACAUCAGUCAAUGCACCGCCCUAACACCGCCAGCGGUUCAGGCAUUAUGUGAUUCAUUUCCAGCACUUCAUACUUGCCCAGGUAGACAUUCACUGAUUAUAAGUGGUUGCUUGAAUCUAACUUCUGUUCAUUGUGCAUGUGCUUUCCAAGCACAUCGUGUUGACCACACGCUUCCUCAUCAUGCUUAUUAAGUGACGUUGGGUGAUCAACUGGUUCGAAUGUGUUUGGUUCUUGUUGUUUUCGGUUACGAACAUGUAGAUGUAGUGUAUUUUUAAUUAACUUGUUAAUGUUUGGACAUUGGUAUCACAAGUGAACUUUCCCUUUGGAUUUAGUGGUAAUGGUGUUUUUGGUUA